ACGGUAAUUAUAAACUACAGCCAUUGUUGUUGGUGGUAAUGGUGUACAGUGUGGUUUAGUGGACAUCGUCAAUCAUUAUAACGUGGUUAUAACAAACGAUCCAUAUGAUUUUAACCAAGACAAUCAACGUAGUACUAUAAUCAGUUGAAAAAAAAAGAUUUUCCAUGUGUUUCGAUGAUCGAUGUUUUCACGAUAAACGGCAAUUUUUUUUUCGCUGUUGUUGUUGUUUUUGUUCCAUUCUAUUUGAUAUUCAAAUUGUGUCUCGUAAUUCUUCGCUCUUUCCGUGUUUAUGUGUUGAUAAAUAAAAAAUACAUCAAAUCAAUUCCCGUUUGACACCAUUUAUGAUUUUAAUUAUGAUGUAAAUUAUUACAUGUUGGAUGAUGAUAAUGAUAAUGAUUUCAACAACAACAACAACAACGAUGAUGAUGAAUACUUGCAACACAUUUCGUCAUAUUUCAAUCGCCACAACAACCUCUUUUUCAUCUAUUAUCACCAUGUUUCGCCAUUUUAUUACCAUUCAUACAAUAAUAUUGUUGUUGUUGUUGACAUUCAUUUUGAAAGAUUGCCUUUCAUUACGUAUAGUAAAAUUCGAUGUACCAGCAGCAAUAUCGAAUGGUAGCCAUGCAAUAUUAUAUUGUGAUUAUGAUCUUGAAAAUAGCGAACUUUAUUCAGUAAAAUUCUACAAAGAUUAUAUUGAAUUUUAUCGUUAUCUACCUAAAGAAGAUUAUCCUAAACAAUCAUUCAAUUUGGAUGGCAUUCAUCUUGAUCAUAGAAAGUCCAAUGCAACUCAUGUUAUUCUACAUCAUACCGAUCUUAAUUCUGACGGACUCUAUGGUUGCGAAGUUAGUACUGAAGGUCCAGCGUUUGCCACCAGAAAAAAUGAGAAACUAAUGAAAAUAUAUGUGUUACCCAAAGAAACAUUAACGAUCAAUGGUAGCUGCGAUUAUUAUCGUAUCGAUGAAUAUGUUAAUUUUGAAUGCAUCUCUGGUAAAGGCUGGCCACAAUUGAAAUUAAAUUGGUUCAUCAAUGAUUUACCGGCUCCGAAAGAAUUUCUUUUAAGCUCAAAGCCGACAAUAGAUAGUAGUACUGGAUUGAUACAAACAAAGCUUGGAUUAAAUUUUCAAGUAAAUCAUAAAUAUUUCCAACAUGAUAGUCUACGUAUUCGUUGUCAAGCAUCAUUAAUGUUUGUAUAUGAAUUGAAAACAGUUGAAUAUCUUAUAGAUGGAUCAAAACAAACUAAAUCCUCAGCACGAAGUUAUACAUCAGCCCAAAUAAAUAGCAAAGAGAUGCCGAUCAUCAGCGGUAUACGUGACAAAUAUAAUGUCAACGAUAUUGUUAAUCUAAAUUGUUCGACAACCGUUUUGAAUGCUCAAUUAUCUUGGUUCAUCAAUGGUAAAAAAGUAAACAACAGUUAUCUAACAAAAAAUGAGAAUCGAUUGAAUGGUGAAAUCAUUUUGAAUCUACGAUUCACAAUGGAAAAACGUUAUUUUCAAACAGAAGAAAUUGAAUUACAAUGUACUGUAUAUUGUUUAAAAAUGAUUGCCGAUUUUCAAGAACAAGUCAUCAUAAGGACAUUUAAUUCGGAAUAUCUUCUUUCGCAAAAUUCUAGUUGUUCAUCAUCAAUAUUAGGAUUACAUCAUUUCAAUUGUCUUUGUUGUUUUAUAUCCAUAUUUUUUCUCUUACGUUAUUGGCUACGUUUUUUAUAA